UCGGUUCUUUCGGCGGCAGUGUGGGUUGAACACUAGUGGUGAAAAGAGGUGUUAUUUCAUCGGCCGGGUUCUUUUUAUCAACCAGAUUGUCAUUUUGCCCCUCAAAUCAUAUUGGUGCCCUGUUGAUAUCGGUUGUGUGCCAGUGUAGACUCUAAAAAGCCAAAGGGAAUAGUGUUUAGGUGCGAUAGUUCGUUUCAUAACCGGCUUACAUCGGGGUGGCGAUUUCUUCCAGAAAAUUCCUGUGGAGGUCGCACUCGCAGGAAUCUGCUUGAGAUUAUCUAAGAGACAUUCCAGUAAAAAAAAAUGACGAUGCUAAAACCCGGCGAAGAUCUAACCACUUCGGCCUACAACAAUGCCCGCCACGAGAACACUAUGGGCUUUCCGGACCCACUCAGAACCCACCAGAACCACGGGCUGACGACUGCCCACAGUCACCUAGUCAACGCCAACCACUCCCGGUCCACUGACUUGGGCCCGGCAGUCGCCUGUGAUACCCAUGCUAGUCGUUACUCCCAUAGGCCUGCUGUGCCCAGCGGCGACCCCAUCACGGAUCAGAUCAAGGAUUCCCGCCGCCUCUCCGAUUCUACGAAAUUGGGCGGCGGUGUCGGAGAAAGUACUGCGGGCGGUGGAGGAGGAGGAGGCGGCGCGGGCGCGGUGCAGCACAGUGUAGGGGCCGCCCGAGGACUGUCUAGUUUAAGUUCGCGGGGCGCCGUUGGGGCUCUAGUCAUGGUUUAUGGUUCGGCGGAAGUCUGUUCUAGAACUCAGUGCGGUUUGACUUACCUCCCCUAUAAACCUCAUCAGUUGAAUAGUCACCAUCUGCGCUCUCAUUCACAAGGAAUGGACAAAGAUGGCACCUUAGAUAUAAGCUUCGAUGAAUGGCGAGAUUAUUUGUUGUUCCAUCCCUCGGCCAAUUUGCAUGAUAUUAUCCUCUAUUGGAGACAUGCAACGAACUUGGACGUAGGAGAGGAUCUCUCGGUACCUGAUGACUUCUCCCUCGAGGAAUGGCUCUCUGGGAAGUGGUGGAGACACUUGGUUGCAGGUGGCUUUGCCGGAAUGGUGUCCAGAACCUGCACAGCCCCCCUGGACAGACUCAAAGUUUUCCUUCAGGUUCAUGGAGGGAAACAAUUCCAAGGACUAGCAAAUUGCUUCAGAUACAUGUUGAAAGAAGGUGGAGUGAGGAGUUUGUGGCGAGGAAAUGGUAUCAAUGUCCUGAAGAUUGCUCCAGAGUCUGCGCUGAAAUUUGCUGCUUACGAACAAGCAAAACGCAUGGUGCUACAAUUUGGCGGAAGCAGAGAAAGGGAGCUGACUAUCUACGAACGUUUUGUUGCAGGCUCCUUUGCUGGAGGCUUUUCUCAGACAGUUAUAUAUCCCCUUGAGGUGCUUAAAACAAGAUUAGCCCUCAGAAAAACAGGACAGUAUAAGAGCAUAAUUGAUGCAGCAAAGAAGAUCCACAAGCACGAGGGAAUUCGUAGUUUCUACAGAGGUUAUGUCCCGAAUCUCCUAGGCAUCAUUCCUUAUGCAGGCAUUGACUUAGCCAUCUAUGAAACAUUGAAGAAAACGUACAUUGAUCAUCAUGCUGGGAAUGCCACUCCAUCAGUGUUUGUCAUCAUUGCUUGUGGUGCAUUUUCUUCCUCUUGUGGCCAAAUUGCUUCCUAUCCCUUAGCCCUCGUCCGCACUAGGCUUCAAGCACAAGUCAUAACUCCUGGCGUGGUCCAGACGCAUCCAGUCACUAUGUCUGGCUUGUUCCGCCAUAUCGUUGCAACCGAGGGUUUAGUGGGUCUCUAUCGAGGCAUUACUCCAAAUUUCAUGAAAGUGGCCCCAGCUGUGAGCAUCUCGUAUGUUGUAUAUGAGAAAUGCCGGCAAGCAUUAGGUGUGUCCAUGACUUAAUGUAAUUGUUACUCAUUAUCAUCAUCAUACUGUUUGUUAGGAAAUUUCAUAAGCUGUGUACGGUUCUGCAAGUUGUGUGGAUCAGCUGAGUGUGUCCUGCCAUCUUGAGUUCAGUUAUUUGGGUAUAUCUGCAGACUUCUUGCUCUGCUUUCCAGGUUUCAGAAUCACUGUUAUAUCAAGUCAUCUAAAUUAAAUGAUUAUGUAUUUGAUAGUGCUGUAUUCUGUAAUAAUGGGGAGUGGCAAGUUUGCCAGUGUUACACGUAUUACCCAUUAAUGAUAAGUGAGGAAUUAUUCAGAAAUGCUGGUGAAUGACUAAAUCACAUUGUAUGUCUGCAUCUUACGUAGGGAUAAAAUGCUGUGCAUAUCCAACAAUAUUGUCUGUGAAAGUUGGUCAAAAAUAAUGAAAAAAAAAAAAAAAAAUAGAAAAAAAAGGACUUGACACACUACUUGUACUAAUUGAGAAUAAAUCAAAGGGUUUGGGGGAUAAAGUUUUUGGUGGAGAUUGUUCGUCAAUGGUGUUAGUUUUUCCUACUGAAAACUGGUGCUGGCACUAGUUUUUGUGUCUAUGUUUAACCAAUAUUACUUGAGAGUGUGGUCUAUUGCGGAAGGGGAAAAUAAUUAAUGUGGCACUUAAGGUCUUUUCAAUCGAAUUGGAGGAGGGAUGACAUUAAGAAUUAAUCUCAAAAUUAUACAAUUGGUUUGGGGAGACUGAAGAAUCAGAUUAAGGGUCAUGGUACAUAUGUAUUGUAAUCAGAUAAACUUGAUAGAUGUUUCCUUCUGGAUGAUGAUAGGCAGAUUCUUCAGCUGUACCUCGUUCACUAGUUUUGUUUCAACUUUUCGCGACCUGUUUCCCUUGACUUUAUAUUGUGUGUAUGACAUACUUUAACCUUUUGCAUGUUCCUGUCAUAGCACCGGUGGUUAUGUAACAGGCCUCGAACGCGUUCCUAUUACUUUGCAUGUCUCUGCCAUAACACUAGUUGUUAUGCACAGUUUUCAUAUGCUAUCAAGUGAUAUCUGGACCCCUUUUUUUUUUCAUCUAAAUAUGUAAUUGAUGUGCUUUGGCCGUUAACUUGUCUGUUUAAUGCCAUCUCCCUCUUUUGUUGGCAAUUUUAAGCUUUGCCAUUAACUUUCACAAUACAGUACUGUGAUUAAGGCACAAUACUGUGAUUUCAUGCCUUAUUGCCAUUUCAAGCUGAAUCCAAAUGUUAAAACUUGUUAGUUAUUGUCACUCAUUUCUUCCCUCUGUAACAUUUCUAAUUAAAAGAAGUGGAUGCAUCCAUGUCACCUACAUUUAACAAAUCAAGCAGUUUGUGCUGUGCAAUGUCAUGUUCAGUAGCUUUUUACCAUAUAUGUUGGCUGCUUACAAGUGUUUUACCAUCUGUUUCAUCCACCUUCUAAGUAGUAUAGGUCAAGAGGAAGUGAUAAAUGCCAGUCAGCAUUAAACUCUGCUAAGACACUGUUGAUGGAUAUGCACCAGAUCUCUGAGUAAGGGCAUAUAUUUUUUUUUUUUCACUUAGUUAUAUGGUGAAUGCAUGCGAUAUUCUUCCUAGUGAGAGCAAACGUGUUUUUCAAAUUUUCACUUGAUUGGUUAUCUGUAUUUUGCCAACCCAAAAGAUUUUCAUUUCUAUUAUUUGAAUAUUUGAAGAUCAUUGGUUAUCAGUAUUUUGACAGCCCAAAGGAUUUUUAUUUAUAUAAUUUGAAUUUGAAGAUCAGUUCCUUUUGUAGGUAAUGACUUCCUCAUUCUUUCUUGUAACCUUUUUAUUUGACCUGAUUGUUCACAUUCUUGAUUUGCUGCUUUGUGGUCAUGAGAUUUAGUUAUGGUAUGAGUUUGGUCCAAAGGAGAUGUAUCAAACAUAAUCUCAUUUUACAUUCUCAUUCCAAGCCUUUGUAUGGAUACAUUUGUGUUUUUCACCAAUGCCUUGUAUCUCGGUUAUAUGUUGUGAGUGUGGUUAAUGAGUUGGUAUCCAGUAUGUAAGUAUUAAACCUUAUUACUGUAUAUGUAUCCUACUGUAAUGUUUCAAGUUUAUGCCUCUAAUAUGAAGUGGACAGCUAGUUGUCGAAGUUUUUAUUGGGAGGGUUUUAGGGGUUAAUGAUAGUUCAGAUAAACUUUUAUAUAGAGUUCAUAGUUUCUCAAAGAUUUCCUCUUACCAUCUUGUCCUCUCGUGUUGUGUUGUGAAUCAAAGGCAAUCUGUCAUGCUUUUUUUUUUUUUUUUACUGGUGGAGUAUGAUUCUAGAAUUUCAAGUUUAUCUCUAUUACAAUAACAGGUUAAAAGGAAAACUUUGUUCCUUAAUUUUAUUAGUUUGAGUUAAAGUAGUAAAUGGUGUAAUUCAGAAGGGCUUCACUUAAUGGGAUCCUAUUGCCUCGCUAAUCAAAGUUAGGUGUAGUCACACAUGGAAGUGGAGGCAAGAUAUUUUGUCCAAUCUUUCCUUUUCUGAGCAUGUCGGGUUUUCUUUUUAUCUUUAUUACAUUAGUCUCAAAACGUCCGUGCAUAAGAUGUGGUCACCAUAAGGUUGUACUGAAAUUUCCAUUCAGACUUUAUGCUAAGAUAUUCAGGUGAUUGGAACUAUAAUACUUCUUGGUUGGGGAAGGUUCUGAAGUUUUUAUCUUGAAAUAAAAGUCAGACUAUUUAAAAAAAAAAAAAAAUUAAACCUGAAAUGUAUUUAACACUGUUUACUACUCUCAGGCACUUUGCAAAGAGUAAUAUUGGAAUUUGGAUUAGGUAAAACUGGGCCUUGGUUUGAUAUUAUCCGACCAUUCCCUGGAGUAAGCAUAAAAGCUACCGAAGUUUUCUAAUAGUUAAGCGUAGCAUUUUUUAUUGCUCAUUAUGCAAGCUAAUAAGAAAAGAUAAAAUUCACAUAGUUUUGGAAGUAAGAAGUAAAGUUUGUCAAGUUUCCUCCUUAAGUUUGAUCAAAAUUACUUUGAGCAGAGACACACUUAUGAGGGCUCUUGAUUUGUGAAAUUGGUAAAAGAAGUCACUAGGUGAAGCCACUAUUGCCUAAUAGCCAUCUAUCCAGCCUGUCAACAUUGUAUAAACUUAGCAUACUCUUAGCUUAGCAUAUCUUGUUGCAUCAGAAACAUUCUGUACAGCACACCGGAUAAUCAGGUAAAAAUGAAUAACUAUGUAGUAAGCUUAACUUCUCUCUUAAAAAAUUUUAAAAUAUUAUGGUGAAAAAUGUGAUAUUCAUGGUGUACAUAAAGCAGCUUUGAAUGUGUGUCGAAACUAACAGUUAACAGGUCCUUUUCCUUGGUAUAUACAUAUACUGUAUUUUGCGUAGGUUCAGUGCUCGCCAUUCAAUGCUUAGUUUUUCGUCUUUCUCUACUUCUAGUAUUGUACUUGUUAUACUCUAGAUGCAAUGGGCUGUUAUAUUUUGGCCCAUUCCCUGUUCUGAUUUUAUACACAAGGUUAUUCCAAAUGUAAUAAGCAUAAUUGUUGAAUAGUUAUGAUAUAAGUGCAUUUUUGAACCUUUAAGAAUAUUUUUGAUAAAUGAAUGUCCCGUACUUAAAUUCAAAACUUUUUCUGUAAAGUUCUCAUUUCCUUAUUGAAGGCUCCUUUUAAUUUUAGUGGUAUCGUUUAGCAGUGCUAUCUUAGUUCUCUUUCGUCAAUGACAAAACUGAACGUUCGUUCAAUCAAGUUUGGUGAGCAACAAGGAAACGGCUGUCAGGAGCUUUAGGUGUUAUCCUCUGCCAAAGGAAAUUCUGUGGCAGUUUCAUCUUAGUAGCAAGUCUCCAUGAAGAAACUACUUCUAGAAUAUUUUAAGUUCUCAAGAAUGUUUUAGAGAAUAAAGCAAAUCCUUUUAUUUUUAACUUUUUGUCCCAUGAAUCAAGUUUCAUAUCAUGCUGAUUGAGCUGCUAUUGAUGAACUUUUUCUCCUUAAGAUUGUGUAGUUAUGACUCUUCACAAAUGUUGGUUUCUGAUGAGUAAGCCUCUUUCAUUUUCUCUAGUGUAGAGCACAACAAAAUUAAUGACUGAUUUUCAGUUUUAGUUUACUAUCUAGAAGGAACAUUUUGAGUCUUUCUGCACGUUUCUGUGAUUGAAUAUGUUUCUAGUUUGUGGUAAAUAAGUUGAUUAAGAUAGAUUUUUUACUUUUAUUUUUGUAAACUGUGUAUUGAAUUACUGUAUUGAAAUCCGUGUUUCCUCGGCAAUGCUGAAAUAUGUGCCCCCAAAUGAAAUAAGGCAAGAUUGAUACAAGUGUUAUGCACACACACUGGUUGUUUCUUUUAGAAAACAUAAAGACUGGUGAUGAGACAUGAUUGUCUGUUAGUGGGAUAGACUGGUGAUGAGACAUGAUUGUCUGUUAGUGGGAAAAAAAUAUUUAUUGAUAAAACCACCUACAAGUGUACAAAAAGAAAAAUUGCGUUCGUCACAUAUUUUAGCAUUUUCAAGGCUAAAAUGAAAGGAGAGGUAUGCCCUUGAAGAUUUUUGCAGUUUUGUUUUACGUCCAACCUAGCUCAUUCAAUUUCCUCCAUAUAUCUAAGGAGGAGUAUCUUCAUUUUCUACAGUCAAACUUUUAUUUUUUCUUAUAACGGUAUAUUUCUUCUUAAGCAUACUUGCUCUUUGAAGUGAUGACCUGGUGCAAUGGGAGGAUAACACCCUGACUGACAGUUCGGUUAUGUACAGCUAUUGCUGGGAAAGCCUCAGUUAAGUUAUUGAAUGUUAUAUAUUUAUGUUUGUAUAUAUAUCAUUAUUUUUAUGACUGCUGCAGACUGAUGUUACGAUUCUGUUACGAUGAAAUAAAAGUUUUUCCCCUUGA